CUUGAAAGUUAAAAGUCCAAUUUAGUGUAAAAAUGGAUGUAACCCAAAUAAUCCAAUAAGUACAUAAUCAAGAUUUUGAUAAAAAAAAUUGUAUUGGCAUUAAGAUUAGUAGCGAUAUUGGACAAAGAAAUUAGUUACUCGGAUUAAUAUGUCUGUAACACAAUUUUUAGAAGGUCUUCCUUCAUACAACGUAAAUAAUUUCACCAAAUUUCACGUAGAUAAUAAUAACAGGUCACCUCUUAAAAGACCCUCGGUUUAUGUACCUACUAAAGAUUAUCCUUCAGAGCAAAUUAUCGUCACAGAAAAAACGAGUAUAUUAUUAAAAUAUAUGCAGCAACAUUGGGACAAAAAAUAUAAUGCAAAAAAGAGAGACGUCAGCCCACAAUCACAUGAACCUUCUAGGAAAAAGCCAAGGACGGAAAACACCAGGGAUACAUCAAGAGGAGACUACGGCAUGAGUAUGAAUGAUUUCUGA